CUGCGCCUGAUCGACUGGGGCCUGGCAGAAUUCUACCACCCGGGACAGGAGUACAACGUCAGGGUGGCUUCCCGCUACUUCAAGGGGCCGGAGCUUUUGGUGGAUUACCAGAUGUACGACUACAGCCUGGACAUGUGGAGCCUGGGCUGCAUGCUGGCCAGCAUGGUCUUCCGUAAGGAGCCUUUCUUCCACGGGCACGACAACUACGACCAGCUGGUGCGGAUUGCCAAGGUCUUGGGCACCGAGGACCUCUACGACUACAUCGACAAGUACAACGUGGAACUGGACCCCCGCUUCAACGACAUCCUGGGCAGGCAUUCCCGCAAGCGAUGGGAGCGCUUCGUGCACAGCGAGAACCAGCACUUGGUCAGCACCGAGGCCCUGGACUUCCUGGACAAACUCCUGCGCUACGACCACCAGACGCGGCUGACGGCCCGCGAGGCCAUGGAGCACCCCUACUUCUAUCCGAUUGUGAAGGACCCUGCCAGGAUGGCCGCCUCCACCGUCCUCUCCUCAUCUAACACGCCUGUCAGCUCCUCCAGCAUGUUGGCAGGAAUCGCCUCCAUGUCAGCCUCCCAGCCGAUGGGCAGCUUGGCCGCCUCCCCCGUCAUCGCCUCUCCGAAUGCGCUGGGCUCGCCCGUCCCUGCGGCCGCCGGAGCUCAGCCCUGA